AACAAACAAAAGCUCCGUUCCGUCACCGUCUCGCCUCUCCUUUCUUUUACAAUGGCGGACCGCCAGCCCCCACAAACCGCCCCCCGUUCUCACCAGGUCUUCAAGGCAGCGACGGCCGCCGGUGCCGGCGCCUCCCUCCUCGUCCUCUCUGGCCUCACGCUGGCCGGAACGGUGAUCACGCUGACGAUCGCCACGCCGGUGCUGGUGAUCUGCAGCCCAGUGCUAGUCCCGGCGGCCAUCACCGUUUUCCUCAUCCUGGCCGGAUUCCUCGCCUCCGGCGGGCUCGGCAUCGCCGCCUUGUCAGUGCUGACGUGGAUAUACAGGUACGUGGCAGGAAAGCACCCGCCCGGGUCCGAGCAGCUGGAUCGGGCGAGGAUGACGCUCGCGAGCAAGGUCAGGGAUGUGAAGGAGCAGUACGGACCGCAGCAGCAGCGCGGCAGAGGGGAGGGUGCGCAGGCUUCUUAAGCUGCGCACCCUCGAUGCGUCAAUGGAGGACAGGUAGAGUUACUACACGAAGUUGAGGCCGAGAGAGUCAGUUUGUAAAAGUGGGGCCCGUUGAUCGAUGAUCUGAGGCGUUGAUAUGGUGGGACUCACCAUGGAAGGAUCCAUGCGCCAAAAUCACUCAGAUUGGUGGGUGAUUUUUGGUGCACGGUCUGGAUCACUGAGUAGUGGGUCCCACGUGUGCAAACUGACCCGGACACUAGUGUAUAAUCUCUCGUGCUAGCAUGUAAAAUGCCUCCGUUUCGUUUGUU